AGGCCGCUGCCGCACGCCUGCGGCACGAGGCACAGGAGGAGGAGGCUGGCAGCAUGGUGCUGGGAGCUGAGCUUCAUGCGGAACAGCAGCUCAUGGCGGAGCUACAAGAGACGGUCCUGUCUCGGCAGUUGCAACUGGAAGCCCUGCAGGCGCAGCAAAGCUGGCGGGGCAUCGCACAGCAGGACGAGCAGUUGGAAUGGCGCCGGAAGCUCCAGGAGCUGCAGCAGAGGAAGUGGCAGGCCAAGGAGGCACGAGAGGCAGCUGAGCAGUCCCAUGAAGAGGUGCGACAGAUUGUGCAGCAGGACUCCUUGAGCAAAGAUCUUGAGGAGCUGCAAAUUCAGACAUCUCAACUCCGGACACAUCUCUCAGAGCAGCAAACCUUGGCUUUGGAGCAGCAAACCUUGCUCGAGGAGUCCGACUCCGAACCUUUGCUGGAAGAGUUGACCCGCUUGCAGCGGCAAAAGUCCGCCUUCCUCGAAGAACUCGACGCGCUCCGCCUCGGUGCUUCCUCCGAGCCGCGGGCGCGGUCGCCGAGCCGCGAGCGAGGUGCGGAGCGACGUCCGGACGGACGGUCUGAACGCUGGCGGCAGCAGAGGAUGUUUCAGCAACUGAGCCAAGGGCGUGAGAGACGGGAAGCUUUGAGACAGCAGCUUCAGACACAGAAGAAAGAAGAAGAGCGUUUGCGACAUCAACUCCAAGAUCUGGAGCAGCGCUUGCAGCUGAGCCGCGACGACGCGGAGCGCAAGCGGCACUUCGUGGCCCAGCUGCAGAGGUCCCUCGAGGCGCAGGCGGAGCACACGGCGGAGCACGCAGACGCAGUGCCGCGGAGCCGGGAGCUGGAGACGGAGCUGCAGAGAGCACGAGAGGUUCUGGGACGGAAGGAGGCGGCGUUGCACGAAUGGAGGGCAGAGAUGUCAGAAGUGCGAAGCCGGAAGGAGAUGUGGAACCAAAAAGGAAGGGCUUAGGGCUUAGGGCUUAGGGUUUGGGAGGAGCUGGGGACAUGGAAGCAAGAACCAGGUGCUUGGUGAUCGCAUAGGACAUCAUAGGACCAUUGAACCAUCACCAUCACCCAGCGGGCGUGGUCUUAGACUUCCAAAGAAAGACUUCACCCACGGGCAAGGACCAAUUGAUCUCUUGGGUACUGGUGGUUUCGGGUUUUGCCCGUUUCUGUUCAGCAUUUGCCCUGUAAGAAAU